AUGGAGGAAGAGAAGCAUGAUGGUGUAGCUACUACUACGGAGGAGACGUCCCCAGAGACGGUCAUCACGUCGCCCGAGGCAAGGGAGGCCAUUGUCGCGCCCGAGGAGCAUGUAGAGAAGGAUCCCGACCAACAGCCGAGUGCUGACGACAGCGACGAGAUGGAGGACGGCGAAGUCGACGAGGAUGACGACGACUACAUUCCGGUGACGAAAUCGCCCAUUCCGGCGCCAGUCCCCGUGGCUACCAAGAAGGCAGCGACGCCACUCGAAAC